CCUUGAAUUGUUACAAGUAGAGCGCACUGAGGAUUAGCUAGAAAAUCUUCUAGUCAGUUCCCGGUUAAGAAGYACAGUCUGCGGUGCGGUGUUACAGUGGACAAGACGAUGCGGAGUUUCAUUUGCUUACUUCUAAUAUCGAUUGCUGUAUGGAAACCGGCUGCCAGAGUUCUGUACAAAAGGAAUAUUGAAGAAGUAGAGCCAGAAGAUGUCAAUUAUGGCGUUAUACAAGAAGAUGAUUACAUUGGAAAGAGUCAAGAAUUCCCUGAGGAAAGUAGCGGUACAGAUGUAGACAUAUCAGAAAGGCCAAAUAAAUUAAUAACAACAAUAAUUUCUUCUGCGGGGCGAUCCAGUAARAGCAAACCAAGUACACCUCCUUCUCAAAAACCCACGAGCCAGCAAGAAACAUCACAAGCAUCGACAACAAUACCUGAACCAUCCAGAGCAGAGGAAACGACAGCUCCACCAUACACAGCAACGACAACAAAACCUGCACAAUCUACAGCAGAGGAAACAACAGCUCCAAAAUCCGCACAAGCACAAACAACAGCGGCAUCAUCCACAGCAGCGACAACAACACCUGCACCAUCAACGGCAGUGGACACAGCAGCCACACCAUCUACAGAAGCAACAACAUCAACGGCAGCGGAAACAACAGCUCCACCAUUCACACAAGCAAAAACAACAUCUGCACCAUCGACGGCAGCGGAAACAGCAGCUGCGCCAUCCACAGCAGCGACAGCAAAACAAUCCACGGCAGCUGAAACAACAGCUCGACCAUCCACAGAAAAAAAAACAACACCUGUACCNACAACAGCAGCAAAAACAACUGCUCCAACAAUAACGCCAGCAAAAACCACAAGUGCACCAUCCAUAGUAGCAGAAACAACUAGCUCAUUAUCACAAGUAGUAGAAACAACAGCUGCACCAACAACAGCAGCAAAAACAACAGCUGCACCAACAACAGCAGUAAAAACCACAAGUGAACCAACAACAACAGCAGAAAAUACAGGGUCGCCAUCUACAACCACAGAUACAUCUAGCCAACCAGCUACUACCACUUUCCACACGACCCUAGCACCUACACCGACUAAUGAAAUUGUGGGGAAUGGUAAUGGGAACGAAAGUGUAGUUGGUAAACACUCUGGAACAAACAAUGGCAAUCAAAGUGGUAUAGAUAACGAAUUAUGUAAGAAAGUGUAUUGCAGAAAUGGAAAUAUGUGCUUCGCAAAAGAGAAUGGCAAACCUUUGUGCUUCUGUCCUAAAGUCUGUAACAAGAAGUCAAAUAUUCUUUGCUCUGUGUACCUUGAAGAAUUUUUAAACCCUUGUGAACUGCACCGAUAYGCAUGUAGUAUACGAACCAACAUUGCUAUCAAACAGAAAGGACAAUGCUCAGAUACUAAAGCGCAACUUAUGACGAGCCAACUGAUUGACRGAACACUUACGCCUGAAAACGUUUGCCCUAGAAGCGAAAUAAUCCAGUUUUCAGAACGCUACCUUGAAUGGGGAAUGAUAAAAAAGRAAGUGGCUGAGAGUACUAAUCCACAAACAUUAAAUCUGAACUCAUCUGUAAUCAACGCACGUAUGAAUGGUCUUACAGCGAUUGAACGAAGAGAAAUUUUGAAAUUUCUAUUUGAAUCCCUGGACGUCAAUAAAGAUGGCAGUCUUAUUAAGGACGAAUUAAGCWCAUUCGUAAAACACAUGCUUGAUAAAGAAUACUGCUUGUAUGGAUUCUUUGCAUCAUCRGACAUCAAUCGAAACAAUGGCAUUGAUGAGGAGGAGUGGUAUGAAGCAUUUCAGUUAUACGAUUCGUUAAAUGACGUCGGUGGAAGAUUAUAACAGAUACAAUAAAUGCACUUAAGAGGCGAUUAUAUAUUAUUAUGUUGCAUGUACAAUCUGAGAUUCUAUUCACUGGGAACAUAUCAGUACUGUCCCUCCAUGAAAAUAAUAAGAAUUUCCAACUAUUCAAACAGAAGAUAAGUUCGCUACUGGUUACAGAAUUUGAAAGCAGAUUAUAAUGUCAAUACGUGGCAUAGGUUUUGUUCAUUAUUAUAAGUGUUCAGUUCA